AUGGAAAAAAUGUUUACAGAAGGUGCAAUUCGUGUAAUGAUGUGUACAGCAACGCUCGCUUGGGGAGUUAAUUUACCUGCUUAUGCAGUGAUUAUACGUGGAACAGAAAUAUUUGACCCGCAAAAGGGUAUUUUUACUGAUAUUGGUAUUUUGGAUGUACAACAAAUUUUUGGAAGAGCGGGACGACCACAAUAUGAGGAUAUGGGUAAAACAAUAAUAGUUUUUGAUUUAAUAUUGGGAGAAUUGAAAUUUGAACUCUUCACAAAGCUCUUAGGAAAAAUUUACUGGACGAGAGUUGGUAUAGAGCAAUUCUAG